AAAGGCGUUGAAAACUGCACGAGCUGAAGGAGGGAGAGAGGGGGGCGGCUUCACUUAACUAAUGGUGAGAGAGGGACAGCGGGAGAGAGAGAGGGCGCGAGCUAGUUUUAAGUAUUGGACAGAUAUAUCAGCCUCGUCCCGCCUUCAACUCCUGUCAGGCGUCCAGAGCGCGCGCACACCGGUGACAAGACAGAGCGCGCGAGGCUGGAGGUCGGGACGCCGAGGCUGUUUAUGAUUGUGUGCCAAAACGGGAUAAGGGCGCCGUCCAAGACAGACACACGUUAGCUCGCCCGAGACCGUGGACGCGGAGGAUAAAGCGAAAAGAAGUUUGAGCUGUGACCUAAAGCCCUUCACCUGCCCAGACUGCCACCCAUGGAAAACUUUAACGGGCUGGAAACAUCACCUCGUACUGCGUGCGGAAGCGACUCGUGAGCUGGCCUGCGCUGUGAAGUUAUUAUUUUUUACAUGAAUAUCAUCCAGUCCCUUUAAAACGAUUUGUCCUGAAUCCUUUUCACCGCACCGGCAUCUUAAUCCGGAUUCUUCAUAUAUGGGAAAGGGGGAGUAAAGUGAUGAACAGAGCGGUACCGGGUCCCGGCGCGGAUGGGGUCCAGACCGUGAUCAGCCGGGACAGAGCCGUAGCCGGGCCAGUGGCGGACGCGGUCCAGCCCGUGAUGAGUCGGGACAGAGCGGUACCGGCGCCCGGCGGGGACGGGGUCCAGACCGUGGUGGGCCCAGACAGCGGAGACAUGCUGGACGGAGGGGCCGCCGGGGAGAAGCGGAUCUUCUCCAACACGGGGGCCGGACGCAGAGACGCUCAGGCCGUGGAGAACCACUCGGAACCUCCUCCGACGAACCCGGUGUUAGCCCCGCCACAGCAGGGCCCGACCGGGCACCGGACCACCUCUUUCUCCGUACUGGACAUUUUGGACCCCAACAAGUUCACGAGCAGCCGGCGACACCAGCAGCAGCACGCGAACCACCGAGGGGAGCGCGAGCCCAGCGCAUACGGGGCAGAGAACCGGAGAGAAGCCGCGGGGGAGCGCGAGCCCAGCCUGGAGGCCAGCAAAGGCUGCUACGGCGCCGAUGAAUACCCCAGCAAGGAAGGCUUUGUAUACAGAAGCCCAGAUGAGGAUGACUACCACAGAUCUGGGACCCCAGACUCAGAGGCUCCAGACGGGCCCUACAGCAGUGAGGAGAGCAGUUCAGCUAUGCCCGGUAAUGAAGAAAGAGAUCUGGGCCAGCACAACCACCAGGACCCUGGCCGAGACACCACAAGCCCUGGAGGAGGCCCUGCAGUCCAGAACAAUGGGGGCCAGGGGCCGCAGGGCAAGCCCAAGAGGAAGCGCUCUGGCUCGGACUCCAAGUCAGGGAAGCCCCGUAGAGCCCGGACUGCCUUCACCUACGAGCAGCUGGUGGCGCUGGAGAACAAGUUCAAGUCGACGCGCUACCUGUCAGUGUGUGAGCGGCUCAACCUGGCCUUGUCGCUGUCCCUCACUGAGACCCAGGUCAAGAUCUGGUUCCAGAACCGCCGGACCAAGUGGAAGAAACAGAACCCCGGUGCCGACACCUCCGCCCCCACUGGCACAGGAGGAGCAGGAGGAGCAGGAGGUACGGGAGGAGCAGCAGGAGGCCUGGGCGGCCUCAGCCCUCUCAGCCCAUCCCCUCCAAUCAGCGGGCACCUGGCCAUGCACGCUGGCUACGCGGGCCACCAUCAUCCCCCUGCAGGCAGCCUGGUCCAGCUGCCUUUCCUCACCGCCAGCCACGUCCUGUCCCCCUUCAUGCUGGGGACACAGAGCUACGCUGCACCUGCCUUCUACAGCACACACCUGUAAACACACACACACCUGACAGAUCAAUCCUCUGAGCCCAGAGAGACUGGAAUGUUUCAGUGUAUGAAUGAACUGCAGCACAGCAGACAGACUGUCAGCGUGUCUCCUUUUUACUACCAACAUUUGAAGGCUUUAAUUUCAAGGGAUUAUUUUGAUAGAAUGUGAAUAUCUACCAGAAACUGUACAUAAAUCUAUGUUCUAGCUCCCUAUUCCGAAUGCUGUUUUAAACUACAUAAUAGACAAAUAGUUGAUUUCCUUGUUUUGAAAAGAGUCUGUAUGAAUAUUGGAUGUUUAUAACUUAAGGAAUGGCUUGAUCUAUUGUCAGUACCGUGUAACUCCAGCUGUGAUUGUUUUCAUUUCUGUUAUUUAUUGAAUUUGUUGACAGUUUCCAUAAAAUCCUUGGAUGUACUAAAUCCUCAACUCAACAUGAUA